CGUCUGGCUGCCACGACUCGCCGUGGCGGCGGCGGCGGCGGCGAGCGGAUCCCGCUGGGGAAGAAGGAGAAGGAGAGAGGGAGAGAGAGAGUGAGAGCCGGAGGGGCUGUGAGUGAGCGGGAGGAGCCGGGUGUCAGCCCGGCCUGCCCGCGGGAGCGAGACCCAGAGCGAGCGAGUGAGGCCCGAGCCCGCCGCGCGGCCGCCGCCUCCGCCUUCUCCCCUCCCCUCGCGGCCCGCCCCCGCCCGCAGCCCGCCCUCCUCGCGGCUCAGCCCGGAGAGCCCGAGAGAGGCGCCGUUCGGCUCGCGCCGCCGUCCAGAACAGGUGUGCGCGCGCGCCUCCCCCUCCCUCCUGCUCGCGCCCGCCUCGCGCGCGCCGGCCUCCCUCCCUCCAGCCCGCGCCCUCCCUCACCUGCGGCAGGACAGCGCCCGCCAGCCCGCCCGCCCCGAUCUCGCGAGAGUGGCUGACUGGCUGUGGGGGUUGCGGCGGCAGCAGGCGGAGCCGGGGAGGGAAAGCAGCGGCGGCUGAGGCGACUGAGGCGGCGGGCGGAGCGGCAGGCGGCGGCGCGGCGGCGGAGCGCAGCAUCAUGGCGGACCGAGACAGCGGCAGCGAGCAGGGUGGUGCGGCGCUGGGCUCGGGCGGCUCCCUUGGGCACCCAGGCUCGGGCUCAGGCUCCGGCGGGGGCGGUGGUGGCGGCGGGGGCGGCGGCGGCAGUGGCGGCGGCGGCGGGGCCCCGGGGGGGCUGCAGCACGAGACGCAGGAGCUGGCCUCCAAGCGGGUGGACAUCCAGAACAAGCGUUUCUACCUGGACGUGAAGCAGAACGCUAAGGGCCGUUUCCUGAAGAUCGCUGAGGUGGGCGCUGGCGGCAACAAGAGCCGCCUCACCCUCUCCAUGUCUGUGGCAGUGGAGUUCCGCGACUACCUGGGCGACUUCAUCGAGCACUACGCGCAGCUGGGCCCCAGCCAGCCGCCCGACCUGGCCCAGGCACAGGACGAGCCACGCCGGGCGCUCAAGAGCGAGUUCCUGGUGCGCGAAAACCGCAAGUACUACAUGGAUCUCAAGGAGAACCAGCGCGGCCGCUUCCUGCGCAUCCGCCAGACAGUCAACCGGGGGCCCGGCCUGGGCUCCACGCAGGGCCAGACCAUUGCGCUGCCCGCACAGGGGCUCAUCGAGUUCCGUGACGCUCUGGCCAAGCUCAUCGACGACUAUGGAGUGGAGGAGGAGCCGGCCGAGCUGCCCGAGGGCACCUCCUUGACUGUGGACAACAAGCGCUUCUUCUUCGAUGUGGGCUCCAACAAGUACGGCGUGUUUAUGCGAGUCAGUGAGGUGAAGCCCACCUACCGCAACUCCAUCACCGUGCCCUACAAGGUGUGGGCCAAGUUCGGACACACCUUCUGCAAGUACUCGGAGGAGAUGAAGAAGAUUCAAGAGAAGCAGAGGGAGAAGCGGGCCGCUUGUGAGCAGCUCCACCAGCAGCAGCAGCAGCAACAGGAGGAGACCACCGCUGCCACCCUGCUACUGCAGGGUGAGGAAGAAGGGGAAGAAGAUUGAU